AUGUCAACCCGUGAAGCUUUGGCUUCGGAGGCUGGAAGAACUUAUGAGGCCGAUGAACUGUUGGACGAGUUGAACUAUGAAAUGUUUCGUCGCAAGGUGAAAUCUACCAACAGUUGUAGAAGAAAAGUGUGCUCUUUCUUCUUCAAGAUCUGUUGGGAUUAUUGGACUCCCAACAUAUGUGGAAAAAGGCCCGAUAGUGAAAAUGUUUUGGCCCACUUUGACCACUUAAAGGGACAAGUCAGCAUUUGGAAAAAAAAGAGAAUCAGAGAGAAGAGAGUUUAA